UCUAACUACACUUGUCUGUGCUGUUUACAGUAAAUCCUCAUCAUGAGCAUGGAUGCAGAGAUGGCUGUUUUUGGUGAGGCGGCCAUAUACCUCCGGAAGCCGGAGAAGGAGAGAAUUGAGGCACAAAACAGACCUUUUGAUGCCAAGACUGCCUACUUUGUAACCGACCCCAAAGAGCUCUAUGUCAAAGGCAUAAUUCAACAAAAAGAAGGUGGCAAAGUCACUGUAAAAACUGAGGCAGGACAAACUGUAACAGUUAAGGAUGAUGAUGUCUGCCCAAUGAAUCCUCCAAAGUUUGAUAAAAUUGAGGACAUGGCCAUGCUGACCCACCUCAAUGAAGCCUCCGUGCUAUAUAACCUCAAAGAGCGUUACGCAGCAUGGAUGAUCUAUACCUACUCUGGGCUGUUCUGUGUCACUGUGAACCCAUACAAGUGGCUCCCUGUGUACAAUCAAGAGGUUGUAUCGGCCUACAGAGGCAAAAAGCGCAUGGAGGCACCACCCCACAUCUUCUCUGUCUCUGAUAACGCUUAUCAGUUCAUGCUCACUGACAGAGAAAACCAGUCAGUCCUGAUCACUGGAGAAUCUGGUGCAGGAAAGACUGUGAACACAAAACGUGUCAUCCAGUACUUUGCAACAAUUGCGGUCUCUGGUGACAAGAAGAAAGAAGCUGCAGCUGUUGGUAAAAUGCAGGGGUCACUGGAGGAUCAAAUCAUUGCAGCCAACCCUCUGCUGGAGGCAUACGGCAAUGCCAAGACUGUUAGGAAUGACAACUCAUCACGCUUUGGAAAAUUCAUCAGAAUUCAUUUUGGAACUACAGGAAAACUAGCCUCAGCUGACAUUGAGACAUAUCUGCUUGAAAAGUCCAGGGUGACAUUCCAGGUGGCAGAUGAAAGAAGUUAUCACAUCUUCUAUCAGAUCAUGACCAAUCACAAGCCAGAGUUGAUUGAAAUGCUCCUCAUCACUACCAACCCCUACGAUUUCCCCAUGAUCAGCCAGGGCCAGAUCUCUGUGGCCAGUAUUGAUGACAAGGAAGAGCUGGUUGCCACUGAUACAGCCAUAGAUAUUCUGGGCUUCACAAAUGAGGAAAAAAAUAGCAUCUACAAACUGACUGGUGCAGUGAUACAUCAUGGGAACAUGAAGUUCAAACAGAAACAGCGUGAAGAGCAAGCUGAGCCUGAUGGCACUGAGGUGGCUGACAAAGUUGCUUACCUCCUGGGCCUGAACUCUGCUGAUUUACUCAAAACUCUGUGCUAUCCCAGAGUGAAGGUGGGAAAUGAGUUUGUCACCAAGGGCCAGACAGUUCAACAGGUGCAUAAUUCAGUUAUGGCCCUGGCUAAGUCCAUCUAUGAGAAAAUGUUCUUCUGGAUGGUUAUCCGUAUCAACCAGAUGUUGGACACAAAGCAGCCCAGACAGUUCUUCAUCGGUGUCCUGGACAUUGCUGGAUUUGAGAUCUUCGAUUUCAAUAGCUUAGAGCAGCUAUGCAUCAACUUCACCAAUGAGAAACUGCAACAGUUUUUCAACCACCAUAUGUUUGUACUGGAACAAGAAGAGUACACGAAAGAGGGGAUUGAAUGGGAGUUUAUAGAUUUUGGUAUGGAUUUGGCUGCCUGCAUUAAUCUUAUUGAAAAGCCAAUGGGCAUUUUCUCCAUCCUUGAAGAGGAGUGUAUGUUCCCAAAGGCUUCAGACACAACCUUCAAAAACAAGUUGUAUGACCAACAUCUUGGUAAAGCUAACUGCUUCCAGAAGCCCAAGCCUGCCAAGGGCAAGACUGAGGCCCACUUCUCUCUGGUGCACUAUGCUGGGACAGUGAACUACAACAUCUGUGGUUGGCUGGACAAAAACAAGGACCCCCUGAAUGAGUCUGUUGUGCAGCUGUACCAGAAAUCUUCUGUGAAACUGCUAUCUCUUCUCUAUGCAAGCUUUUCAUCAACUGAAGAGUCUGGCAGUGGCAAGAAGGGGGGCAAGAAGAAGGGAGGUUCCUUUCAGACUGUGUCUGCUCUGUUUCGGGAGAACCUGGGUAAGCUGAUGGCAAACCUGCGAAGCACUCAUCCUCACUUUGUACGCUGUUUGAUUCCCAAUGAAUCAAAAACACCAGGUCUCAUGGAGAAUCAUCUGGUUAUCCACCAGCUGAGGUGUAAUGGUGUGCUGGAAGGGAUCAGAAUCUGCAGGAAGGGGUUCCCAAGCAGAAUCCUAUAUGGAGAUUUCAAGCAAAGGUACAAAGUAUUGAAUGCCAGUGUUAUACCAGAUGGGCAGUUCAUAGACAACAAGAAAGCUUCAGAGAAGCUCUUGGGGUCAAUUGACGUGGACCACACCCAGUAUAAGUUUGGACAUACCAAGGUGUUCUUCAAAGCUGGUCUGUUGGGUACCCUGGAAGAGAUGCGAGAUGAGAAGCUUGCGACACUGGUAACAAUGACUCAAGCUCUUUGCCGUGGCUUCCUCAUGAGAAAAGAGUUUGUGAAAAUGAUGGAAAGGAGAGAGUCAAUUUUCACAAUUCAGUACAACAUCCGCGCAUUCAUGAAUGUGAAACACUGGCCAUGGAUGAAGCUUUAUUUCAAGAUUAAGCCACUUCUGAGGAGUGCAGAAGCAGAGAAAGAAAUGGCCAACAUGAGGGAGGAAUUUUCCAAAUGCAAGGAAAAUCUAGCAAAGGCAGAAGUGAAGAGGAAGGAGCUUGAGGAGAAAAUGGUCACUCUGCUCCAGGAAAAGAAUGAUCUGCAGUUACAAGUGGCAGCUGAAAGUGAAAGUCUCUCAGAUGCAGAGGAGAGGUGUGAGGGCCUAAUAAAAAAUAAAAUUCAACUUGAAGGAAGACUGAAUGAGUUAAAUGAGAGGCUGGAGGAUGAAGAGGAAAUGAAUGCUGAACUGACUGCCAAGAAGAGGAAACUGGAGGACGAAUGCUCUGAGCUGAAGAAAGAUAUUGAUGACUUAGAGCUUACCUUGGCCAAAGUGGAAAAAGAGAAACAUGCCACAGAGAACAAGGUGAAAAACCUGACUGAGGAAAUGUCAUCCCUGGAUGAAACCAUUGCUAAGUUAACCAAGGAGAAGAAAGCCCUCCAAGAGGUACAUCAGCAGACCCUUGAUGACCUGCAGGCAGAGGAAGACAAAGUCAACACUCUGACCAAAGCCAAGGCAAAGCUUGAACAGCAAGUGGAUGAUCUUGAAGGUUCUCUGGAACAAGAGAAAAAAAUCUGUAUGGACCUUGAGAGAGCCAAGAGAAAACUUGAAGGCGACCUGAAACUUUCCCAGGAAUGCAUAAUGGAUCUGGAAAAUGACAAACAGCAGUCAGACGAAACGAAUAAGAAAAAGGAAUUUGAACUAAGUCAACUUCUUGGAAAGAUUGAAGAUGAGCAAGCACUUAGUGGUCAGUUGCAUAAGAAAAUCAAGGAGCUGCAGGCCCGCACUGAAGAACUGGAAGAGGAAAUCGAGGCUGAACGUGCUGCCCGGGCCAAGGUAGAAAAGCAGAGAGCAGAACUCUUUAGGGAACUGGAGGAGAUCAGUGAGAGGCUUGAAGAAGCUGGUGGGGCAACCGCAGCUCAGAUUGAGAUGAACAAGAAGCGUGAAGCUGAGUUCCAGAAACUGCGGCGUGAUCUUGAGGAGUCCACUCUUCAGCAUGAGGCCACGGCUGCUGCCCUCCGUAAGAAGCAUGCAGACACCGUGGCAGAGUUAGGAGAACAAAUCGAUAACCUUCAACGUGUCAAACAGAAGCUGGAAAAGGAGAAGUGUGAAUUCAAAAUGGAGAUUGAUGACCUGUCCAGCAACAUGGAAGCUGUAGCAAAAGGAAAGGUUAAUCUUGAGAAGAUGUGCAGGACCCUUGAGGACCAACUUAGUGAACUGACGCUAAAAAGCGAUGAAAAUGCACGCAGUAUAAAUGAUAUCAGUGUACAACAUGCAAGGCUUCAAACAGAAAAUGGGGAAAUUUCUCGGCAGCUAGAAGAAAAGGAAUCCCUGGUAUCCCAGUUGACAAGAGGCAAACAGGCUUUCAUUCAGCAAAUUGAGGAGCUGAAAAGACAAAUGGAAGAGGAAGUUAAGGCGAAGAAUGCCCUUGCCCAUGCUCUACAGUCAGCCCGCUAUGACUGUGACCUGCUGAGGGAGCAGUAUGAGGAGGAGCAGGAGGCCAAGGCUGAGCUGCAGCAUAGAAUGUCCAAGGCCAACAGUGAGGUGGCUCAGUGGAGAUCCAAAUAUGAAACUGAUGCCAUUCAACGCACUGAGGAACUUGAGGAAGCCAAGAAAAAACUUGCUCAGCGUCUGCAGGAUUCUGAGGAACAAAUUGAGGCUAUGAACUCAAAAUGUGCCUCUUUGGAAAAGACCAAGCAGAGAUUUCAGGGUGAAGUGGAGGACCUCAUGAUUGAUAUGGAGAGAGCAAAUGCUUUGGCUGCUUCUCUUGACAAGAAGCAAAGAAACUUUGACAAGGUUUUAGCAGAAUGGAAGCAGAAGUUUGAGGAAAGUCAAGCGGAGCUAGAAGGUGCUCAGAAAGAGGCUCGUUCUCUCAGCACUGAGCUCUUCAAGAUGAAGAACUCUUAUGAAGAAGCUCUGGAUCAGCUGGAGACCCUGAAACGGGAGAACAAGAACUUACAACAGGAAAUCGCAGACCUAACUGAGCAGAUUGUUGAAACUGGAAAUACUGUUCAUGAGCUGGAGAAGGCAAAGAAGACAGCUGAGACAGAGAAAGCAGAUGUCCAGACUGCACUGGAGGAAGCGGAAGCUUCACUGGAAAAUGAGGAAUCCAAGAUUCUCCGUGUUCAGCUAGAGCUCAACCAGAUCAAGUCUGAAGUGGACAGAAAGAUUGCUGAGAAGGAUGAAGAAAUGGAGAAGAUGAAACGAAAUAGCCAGCGAGUCAUAGAAUCAAUGCAGAGCACCCUUGAUGCAGAGGUCAGGAGCAGGAACGAUUCCCUCAGAGUCAAGAAGAAGAUGGAGGGAGACCUCAAUGAGAUGGAGGUUCAGCUGAGUCAUGCCAACCGGCAGGCUGCUGAAGCCCAGAAACAGCUGAGGAAUGUACAGGGACAACUCAAGGAUGCCCAACUCCACCUUGAUGAUGCCUUAAGAGGAGAGGAGGACCUGAAAGAACAGGUUGCUAUGAUGGAGCGUAGGAAUACCCUAAUGCAGGCUGAGAUUGAAGAGCUGAGAGCUGCUCAGGAACAAACAGAGAGAAGCCGAAAAGUGGCUGAGCAGGAGCUGGUGGACACCUGUGAAAGAGUGGUGCUGCUUCAUUCCCAGAACACAAGCCUGAUCAACACCAAGAAGAAGCUUGAUGCUGACCUUGCCCAGCUCCAGGGUGAAGUGGAUGAUACUAUCCAAGAAGCAAGAAAUGCAGAGGAAAAGGCCAAGAAAGCCAUUACUGAUGCUGCCAUGAUGGCAGAGGAACUAAAGAAGGAGCAGGACACCAGUGCUCAUCUGGAAAGAAUGAAGAAGAACCUGGAGGUCACAGUCAAGGACCUGCAGCAUCGUCUGGACGAGGCUGAGAAUCUGGCCAUGAAGGGCGGAAAGAAACAGCUCCAGAAACUUGAAGCUAGAGUCCAUGAGCUGGAGAAUGAGCUUGAAGCUGAACAAAAGCGUGGAGCUGAUGCCAUUAAAGGUGUCCGCAAAUAUGAGAGAAGAGUCAAGGAGCUCAUCUACCAGACAGAGGAGGACAAGAAGAAUGUAAAUCGGCUCCAGGAUUUGGUGGACAAGCUGCAGCUGAAAGUCAAAGCUUAUAAGAGGCAGGCUGAAGAAGCUGAGGAGCAAGCUAACACUCACCUGUCCAAGUUCAGGAAGGUGCAGCAUGAACUGGAGGAGGCUGAGGAGCGUGCUGAUAUUGCCGAGGCCCAGGUCAACAAGAUGAGAGCUAAGAGCCGAAACACCGGAAAGUCGACGGCUUAA